CUACUGUCUACUGAUUCAGUUCAUCCAUUUCAAUUCUAAAUAAUUACAUUAUUCUCCAACGGUAACAAAUUUAUCAAUUGAAUGGAUUAAAUAAAUCAGAUAACUACUUGCGUCAAGUGAUACAUAAAACUCUUAAAGUAAAAUACCUACAUACAAGAAAAUAAAACCAGUUUCAUGAGUCGUUUAACGCCAAUCGUACAAAAUAUGAUUAAUAUGAGCGCACAGCAGAGUCCGGCAAAUAUGCAGGCUGCCGUGGACAGGGAAAAGAUAUAUUCCUGGAUUCUAGAGCUAUGCAAUCCCGACACUCGUGAAAAUGCGCUAUUAGAACUGAGUAAAAAACGAGAAGUGGUUCCUGACUUGGCGCCAAUGCUGUGGCAUAGCUUCGGUACAAUCGCUGCUCUCCUACAGGAAAUAACCAAUAUAUACGUGGCAAUGAUUCCUCCGACUUUGACUGCUCAUCAGAGCAACCGUGUCUGUAAUGCUUUGGCUUUGAUGCAAUGUGUUGCAUCUCAUCCAGAAACAAGAUCUGCGUUUCUUCAAGCCCAUGUUCCUUUAUUCCUUUACCCAUUCCUCCACACUGUUUCUAAAACUAGACCUUUUGAAUACCUACGUCUUACCAGUCUUGGAGUAAUAGGUGCAUUAGUGAAAACGGAUGAGCAAGAAGUUAUAACAUUUCUAUUGACUACCGAAAUUAUACCACUGUGUCUGCGCAUUAUGGAAAAUGGAUCUGAACUCUCUAAAACUGUAGCUACGUUUAUCCUACAGAAAAUUUUGCUUGACGACAGUGGACUUUGUUAUAUUUGCCAAACCUAUGACAGAUUUUCUCAUGUUGCUAUGAUUUUGGGGAAAAUGGUACUUUCACUAGCUAAAGAUCCAUCAGCUCGGUUGUUAAAGCAUGUAGUAAGAUGUUACCUUCGUUUAUCUGACAACCCAAGAGCAAGAGAAGCUUUAAGACAAUGCUUGCCUGACCAACUCCGUGAUGCAACUUUUACAGCAUGCCUUCAAGAAGACAAUUCUACAAAGCAUUGGUUGGCUCAACUCAUUAAGAACUUGGAAGCACAGCCUCCUCCGGCCAGUCCAGCUCAGCAGAACAUGUGAGCCUACUUUGACGCCAUGAGUCCACUGAACCUAAUAUUUAAGUAGUAAAACAAAUUUAAGAUGUGUCCAAAUUAAAAUUAGUCUUGUCAUCCAUUAAUAAAGUGUAAAAUGAUUGCUAAAAUACAUAAUGUCAUUUGGAAUGAGAUUUAUAAAAUCUGGCUACAAACUGUUUCUAUCAUCUUAAUGUUUUUUAAUGAAGAAAUGCGAAAUGUUAAAAUUUUUUGAGAACAAUAAUGUAUUAGGUGACAAAAUCUUCUAAGAUAGGAUAUUGUGAUGACAGUGUUUCAAUUAAAAUACAAUAAUGUUGCUUGAGUCCAAAAACGGUGACAUUUAGUUGCAUUCUGGAGAUACACCAAUGUGAUAGUUUAAAGAGCAUGUAUGACAAAAAUAAUUUUAUAAUGUGACCAUUGUGGAACUACUUAGUAUUUCUUCUAGUGGGCUUAUGUGCCGUGGGUAAUUGAAAAAUAUUUUUAAGUAUGGUUGUUAAAUUACACACAUUUGACAAACUAUUUACUCUGUGUAGUAGGGAUGAGCAUGCUAACUACUCUAGUAUUUCUACUAGAGGUACACACGCAUAUGUGUGUGUACCUCUAGUGGCAUUAACAGAAAUUAGUGUCUUAAUUUACAAUCCCGUCUUGCAAAUGCUUCAAAUAACUACCAAAAAAAGUCAAAUGUGACUGACAAGACAGCCUUCUGCGAUAUUAUGUUCAACAUAUCUGAACAGACUAGAUUAAAUUUUAUCCUCAUCUAUAUCAAUGAAGUUUUAAAUAUAAUGUCAAGAUUUAUGUUUUUACUUUUAGUCUAAUCCAUCUGCAUAGCUCUUUUUUAUGCUAUAGUCGGACUGAAUAAAAUAUUUUUUUGGUAGCAAAUGUUAAAGUUGUUUUUUUUAUUAUU